CGUCGGAACGAGCGACGAGCAGAAAGACAAGACGAAGAAGACGAAGAAAUCCAAGAUGGCGGCUGAGCGACAUUAAAGCGACUUCGGAGUUGUUUUGUACAUUUUUGGUUCUAGAACCGAACAGAACCGGCGGUGAUUUGUGUUUCACUUCGCUUCAGGCGCCUGAGGGGUCGGUAGAGUCGCUUGUUCCGCCGAUUUUAGGCUCCUUUUUGUCGUGUGUGUGUUUAUUUUCGCUUAAAGAGCUAAAAGCUAAACGCUUCUGGAGCGAGAGACUGAAGUAUGGAGCAGAAAGCGAGCAGCAGGAGGAACCGAGAGCGGAGCAGCAGCAGGAACCGAGAGCGGAGCAGCAGCAGCAGUGACAGCAGCAGCGGCCCGCCGUCACCCUCUAGCCCCGGCUCUGGUGCGCCUACAGCGGGGAGCAGCAGCGGCGCCACCGCGGGAGGAAACGCCUUCGCCAACGACGGCAGCUUCAUGGAGCUGUUCAAGAAGAAGAUGGAGGAGGAGGAGCGGCGCAGGAGGGAGCUGGAAGAAGCCGGCAACGAGCAGGCGACUGGGGACAAGAAGCCCGUUAGCGUGGCCAGCUUUGUGGGCAAGCGCAGAGGAGGCGCCAAGCUGGCACUCAAGACCGGACUGGUGGCCAAGAAGCAGAAACUCGACUCAGCGGCUGAGAAGGGUAAAGGAGACGCCUGGUCUAAGUACAUGGCCGAGGUAAAAAAGUACAAAGCUCAUCAGUGUGGAGACGACGACAAAACCAGACCUCUGGUCAAAUAGACUGUGGCUGAGCGGCGUGGCGUUCGGACCCCACAACACACACACACACACACACACACACACAGGGUCAGCACCCUGCGCUUCUUUCCUUUUCCUUUUGUUUAUAGGUUUCCAGUUUUAACGAAUCCGCUCUGUGCAGCACGUCACGUGAUCCGGAUGCUUUAUAAACACACGGCGAUGAGCUUCAUCUUUGUCUUCAUCGUCAUCACCAGUGCUGAUGUGUGAGAGACAGAAGAUGCUCUGUGGUGUGUUUAAGUAUCCAGAUCGAUGUGACACCUUUUUGUAUCGUUUGUUUCUUUAUUUCUUUCUCAGAAUUCGAUGUCUCCUGAAAAAUUAAAAUGUUGAGCUCUGAAAUAUCGUGGUGUUCAGUCGGAGUUUGUACCUGUCGCCUUCCUCUCUGUGCUAAUUCACUCACACGAUUUAGUGUUAAAGGAGUCAGCGGGACCCCACACUCGGGACCCCACACUCGGCCACGCCCACUUUAAAUCAGACGUUCUUGUGUAUCAGACGUGUGCAGACAGAAGAGACCCCACCCACCCCCACCUUCCACACAAUAACUCCGUUACAGCUCGAGCCGAAGAAAACGUUUACUUUUAUUCCGUCUGUCAGGAAGGUUCAAGAGUUUCACCUGAACAGCAGCACCGAUGCCAACAGACCGAAGCUCCGCCCACUCGAUACCGACGACAUAACGAGGUUCACGUAAGCAGGAUGUCGACCGAAACAGUCUGAUCCUGCACGAGAAAAUCAUCUCCGGUGUCCUACAGCGAGCUCGUCCUGAAUCGGCGGCUCUCGUCCUCACAGCAUCGUUACCUUUCAUUUCUCUGUCUGUAACCCGACACGGAUUCUGUAGGUGUGAAGUUACAGGAGAUAAACAGCGUCUCUAAUAAACAGACAAACGUCAUUGUAAACA